CGGGCCUGCUACAGAAUCAGUGAAUUACUUGUGCCAUAUUGCCGAUGGAGGAACACUAUUGAUUGCCGUUGCAAGCGAUGGUUAGAUGAUAUGCUUUCUAAUCUGCACAGGGAAAACCAUCCCAAAGCAAGCAAGCAAGCAGUUCUGAUGAUAUGUUGUUCCCGGCUGCUCGCCGUGAGAAAUAAGCACGCAAAAGACACUGGCAAUCUCUCUUUCCCCUCUGCCUUUGCCCGGCCGUCGGGGACAGCUGAGGUUAUUGUCCGUGCGUCCUCUGUGCUGCGUUUUAUUUUUAUAUUUCGCGCCCUUCCCGCCCUGCUUGGCUGCCCUACCUGGCUGCACUACCCUGUCCGGCAGAGAGACAGACUUGCCUCUUUGAGAGCAAGUCCUCGUACAAAAGGCUUGUCAGUCCGCCCUGGCCUCUGCGACGCGACCCCUUCCUUCCUGGAGAACCUGCAUCCCUUGCUCCUUCCCCUUUCGCCUCCCGCAACUUCCACCCUCCCUACCUAUCUCACUCGUCACUGUGCCGUAGCAAGCGACGUCGUUGUCCAAACAACGACGAAUCCCCUUGCCUUUUCGGUCGCUGCCGGUCCCCAGCACUAAGUCCCGGCGUGUUCGUUCCAUUCAACGACGCCCACUCAGUCCCCUACUUGGUUCCUCUCGGCUGCCGAGAGUCGCUCAGUCGUUGAAUUCAACAAACCCAUA